AUGGCAGACAGCUGUUGUCCUGGAAACGCCACCGCCAUUCCAGCUGUGCCCACCAUUGCCAUCCGCCCAACUGGUGGCAGCUUCCGAUAUGCUAUCUGUUUGCCCAGUUCCUGCCAGAGCAGGACGUGGCAAUUGGUUACAUGCCAAGAAAACUGUCAGCUGUCCAGCAGUGCCUCAAGUGGCUGUGAGCCUGUUUCGUGUCAACCCACCUGCCUUCCAGCUACUUCUUGCGUGAGUUUUAUUUGCCAACCCAUGUGCUCCCGCACGGCCUGCUAUCAGUCUGGGGCUGGUCAGUCGCCUUGUCUGGUUAGCGCAUGCCAGCCAUCCUGCUUGGAAUCCACUGGUUGUCAGGUAAAGUGCUGUGAUGCCAAUCCCUGCCAGCAAAGCUCCUGCCAGGAACCUGUCUGCCUGUCCGGAUUGUGUCAGACAGCCUGUGCCCAGUCAGUCUGCUGCGACGAUGGAUCCUGCCAGCCGUCUUGCUCUGAAGUGACUUCCUGUCCUGAAACAUCUUGCCCACCAAUCAUCUGUGCAGCUAGUCCAUGCCAACCCACUUGCUGCCAAGGAGGUUCCUGUCAACCCAUCAGUGAUGAAGGCCAGCUCUGUACAUCAAUGUAUUACCAACCUGUCUGCUACAUUCUCAAGACUUGCCAACAACUUCCCUGUGUGCCCGUUCCCUGCCAGCCUUCAACUUACGUGUUCAGUUCUUGCAAUCCUACCUGCCGUGUGCCCUCCUUUUGCCAGCCACUUCUCUGCCAACCGGCUCCUUCCAGGUCCUUCAUCUGCCAGCCGGUGGCUAACAGCCAGCCCUCUUAUGCUGCAAAGAACUCCUGCAAACCAGCUUCCUGUGGCACUGUGCUUUCUGGCCAACCAACCUGUGGUGGACCCACUUCCUAUAACCAAAAUGGCUGCAAAUCUUCUUCCCGCCAAUCAGCUUGCUGUGUGACAGGUUUAGGCAUAUCAUCUGGUUGUAGCUCCAAUUGCUUCCAACCAACUUCCCCAAAUCUCUGCAAGGGAAGCACCCGCUUGGUGACUUCCUGCCGACCCAGCUGUGAGUCCAACUUCUGUAAGACGACACUUUGUUGA